AUGCAGGUCCUAGCUCAGCCGUCGCCUUUUUGCCUGGUGUGGGACAAUCCUGAUCCAAUGGCCCCUCACUACUGGCUGUCCCAUGCCAUCAUCUUCAAGAGUGGGGAUGAUUUGAGGCAGGACAUGCUCACCCUGCAGGCCAUUGGUAUUAUGUCGCAUCUGUGGAACAUGGAGGGGCUUGACCUUGGCAUGACCCCUUACUCCUGCCUGAGCACGGGCAAACAGGUGGGCCUCAUCGAGAUGGUGCGUAAUGCCAAGACAGUCUACAGCAUUCAGCGAAGUUCUAAGCUGGGGGCCAUCCAGGUGGACUCUUCACAGCUCUUCAAGUGGAUCCGAGACAAGACAAGGGCUCAGGUGAGACAGAAGGGACAUGGAUGCUUGACCAAGCCAUUGAACAACUUCACACGUUCCUGUGCUGGGUACUGUGUGGCCACGUUUGUCUUAGGCAUUGGGGACAGACAUCCAGACAACAUCAUGGUCAAUCAGGAUGGCCAGAUUUUCCACAUUGACUUUGGCCACAUCUUGGGGAACUUCAAGAAGAAGUUUGGCAUCAACCGGGAACGAGUACCAUUUGUCCUGACCCAAGACUUCCUGCGCGUGAUUGCCAAGGAGAAAGAACCCAAAGGAGAGUCAGGAGUUCCAGAGGUGUUCCAGGUGCUGUGUGGAAAGGCAUAUCUAGCACUGCGUAAACACUAUCGCCUCAUUGUAAACCUCUUCAUGUUGCUGCUGCCUGCAGGAAUGUCUGAGCUACAAAGCCAGGAUGAGGUUGCCUACCUGCGUAAGACGCUGGCUGUGGAGGCCACAGAAGAGGAAGCCCUUCAGUACUUCCAGAACCAGUUCAGUGAGGCAUAUGAUGGUGCCUGGACCACCAAAAUAGACUGGUUCUUCCAUUAUGUCAAGCACAGGUAGACCAGUCUGCUCAACCA